AUGAAGAAGCUGAGAUGGGUGAUGGAUGGAGGGUUCUGGGACGUGGAUGUGUCAACGCCGGUGACCCUUGACGGCGUAGCCCGCCCUGUUCCCGGCGACCCACUCCAUUUGGGGAUUUCUCGUGGGCAAAGGCUCUCUCGUCCCAAACAGAUUGAUUUCUUCCAGCGCUUCAUGUUUAUGCCUUUAGUGCCGUCCUUUUCCCACUAUGGAGAUGUAGGCCUCUCUCUUCAACGCGUCUUCUCUCUCUAUCGCGAAACCUGGUUUAUUACGUUACUUGGUCAGUUCAAUGUACAGAAGUUUGUGACUUCCCUCAGGACAAAUGGGUUCAGGCGAGAGUCAGAUUCCUCGUGGUUGCAAAAUAUUAGGAGGCAUCUUUCUGAUCAAUCUUUCUAUGGACUCAAUUUUUGUUCAGAGUUGUUGUUAACACCGGAUGAUGUAUUGACACUUAGCUUAGAAACACAUGGUGAUCAAAAGACUCCUCGAAAAAAAGCAGUACUUCAUCACAAGUUUCCACUUCAUAAUCUAACUGUGGAGGCAGCUUCCCCCGCUCUUUUUGUUGAUCAGCAUGGUAACUACUGGGACGUUCCAUUCUCUGUCUCAAUGGAUCUUGCUCCAGUUGCUUCUGAUUCUGGUACAAGCUGUCGUUUCUGCAUCAACCAUACAACAGGUAUACCAAAACCAUAUGAAGGCCAGCCGACUAGCAGAGUUCCUGUUACUUUACUUCCAGGUCUCUGUACAAAAUGUGCAGUUUCAUUCAAGAAAAAUGUCGACAUUUGGAGAAGUGAAGCACCAAAAGUGAAAAUGGUGCAACCAUAUGACAUCUUCCUCUCUAGCCCUCAUAUUUCAGCAUCAGGAAUCCUAGGUGCUGUCUUCACUGCAUCUAUUGGAGAGAAUUCAAUCAGAGCCCAAAUAGAAGAUGGAUCAUUGAGUUCAAAAGGCUUCAGUCUUCAAGCCAGAGGAGCAAAUUCUGCAAUUUUAGCUGAUUUAUUUGCAAGUGCAUCCCUCUCUGCUCAACAUGGAAAUUUCCAGAGGUUGUUUCUAGACCUUACUCAAUUUUAUGCACGGCUAGAUAUUCCUUCUGGAUCAAAAUUCCUGUCUGGUGCCACACGUCUGGCAUGUGAUCUUUAUAAUUCUCAAACACCUACUACGCAAGCAGUUCAGGCAAUUUGUCCCACUGCCUCGCUUUCGUUUCAGCAGCAGAUUGCUGGACCUUUCAGCUUCAGAAUUGAUUCGGGAGUGACAAUUGAUCUGAAGAAAGACUUUUAUUUAAGUGUGAAGGAUCCCGUAUUUGCUGUCGAAUAUGCCUUGCAAGUUCUUGGUUCUGCAAAGGCUAUUGCUUGGUAUGCGCCCAAACACAGAGAGUUCAUGAUAGAGCUAAGGUUUUUCGAGACUUGA